AUGAACAGACUUCGAUUGGUUUUCAAGUGUGUGUUGAAGCUCAGGACAUACGAGAAAUUGGUCAGAGACAAGUGUUACUUGGACAUCGGCAUAGGCAAUCGCUAUGCAGGGCGCGUUGUUGUCGGCCUGUAUUCAGACACAGUCCCUCUCACCUGUGAGAAUUUCGUUCAACUUUGCAAGGGUUACCGGAUAAAGGAACGCAUCAUUGGUUACCAGAACACGAACAUUCACCUGAUCAAAUCGGGAUGUGCAAUCGCAGGUGGUGACGUCUUAGAUGGCACGGGGAGAACCCGUGGAUUGAGCAUCUAUGGAGAGGCUUUUCCAGACGAGAACUUCGAGAUAAGUUUUCUGCGUGACGGAGAUUUAGCGAUGUGCAACUGGGGCAAGAACACAAACUCCUCCAUUUGGAUGAUCACUUUGUCGCAGCAGCGCGCCUUCACAAACCACCACGUGUGUUUUGGCACGGUGAUGAAAGGCAUGCGUGUAGUUCGGGAGAUUGGCGAGCUGGGCACCAGAGUUGGGCGCCCGGCUGUACCAAUCCGAAUCGUCCAGUGCGGAGUGUUGGAGGAUGGCAAAGAUCCUCCGCCCCCGCCAUCAGCUGAGCUAGAGGAUGAUGGUGCCCCUCUGAUGACCGAGGAAGAAUUCCGGUCAAUCAGCGUGAGCCACAAGCCGGGCACAGUGCAACCUUCGUGUUCGGUGUUCCCUGGAAAGGUCCAAUCCUGCUUGCGCUUGCUGCCGCCGCAUGGCCUGCAGAAGACGCUCGACUUUGUGGGUGUCAGCCCCACCACGCGCGAGCCUGCUUUGUCAGCAAGGCGGAUUUCGGUCACCGGCGCAAGCAAGGAGGUGCUUAGGGAUUCAGAUGAGUGGAAGGAGUCCAGCAUGAACAAGUGGUGGUGGCAGAAGGAAGGCUAUCUGACAGAGCUUGGCUACAAGGAGAACCCCAACUGGAAUCCCAAGGACUACGAUCGGGCCUGCUGGGAGUUGCGCUUCGCCGGGGCCGAGAGACACCUGAUCAAUGAGUUGAAGGCAAGGGGAAUGACUCUUGAGGAGAUUCGACAGAAGGCAUCCGUCUUCGAGUUUGUCGAGGGGUCGAACCAGCCCAAGCUUACAAAGAAGAUGACAUUCCUGCUCCAAGCUUCUUUGUUGCAUUUCAGAAGCAGUUGCGCAUGGCGCAGAGUUCAUGAACAUGCAACUGCACGGUGCGCCCUCGGCUCUCACACUGAGUGUUUCCAGUAG